AUGCGGUCCAAGAUCCAUUGCGUCAUCCCACACGUUUCCCCAACUGGCGCAAACAAACUUCUCCAAAUCGCAACUCAACAUCUCUUGCACUUUCCUCUACCCCGAGCCCAACUGAUCCAUACCCAUUUACCUUCAAGACUUCCUCUUCGAUCCUCUUUCUCAACGUCUACCACCAUGUCUUCCGACGAUGCCUACAUGGCGUUCUUGAACAAGGCCAACGCAGACUCCAGCGAUGGCCAGGCUCAAACCAGCCAAGAGUCCUCCGACGUCCUGCGCACCAAGACAGUCGACAGCUCUCUCUCCGUCCCAAAGCCACUUAAGAAUAUUGACGCCUACUACGUGUCCGACACAGAUGAGCCCUUCGAUCCUGUCGUGCUCAAGUGGGAUGCUGCGAAGGAUGAUACCUGGCCGAGUAUUGCUGAACUCGCCACUCUCAUCUCCGAAUCCAAAGACCUCUCCCGCUCAAUCGAGUCCCUCCCCCUCACCUCCUUCGACCCGAAAGAUCAAUACCCCGAAGUCUUCGGCGCCGUGCGCGCCGCUGCAGCAGAGAAGAACCCCGAUGCCACAGAGGAAGCUGUUGAGCUGAAGGUGUACAGAAUUGAGAUUACAACUACUCGUAUCGAGUACUGGAUUCUGGCUUUGCACGCGCCAGAGAAGAAAAUCGUGGGUCUGCGCGCCAAGGCUGUUGAGUCGUAG